GUGCAAAUCGAAGAUUGCUGAUAUCAGGCGUAUAAGAUCGCUUGCUGGUGGGACUACUCAACAAUCCAACCGAGGUUUCCCAUGAGCUCCCAGUCUAGUGCAGCAGAUUUGAACCACUCAGGGACUCCUACGGUGCUCGAGGAGCUCACUAGCUCGACACAUACGGAAACGUAUGGUGUCACGAAGGCACUGGAAAAACUCCUUCGUGUCGUCGCCCAGGAUGCGCUCACGUUCCCUCGCAACAUCCACUCCGCAUACACAGCUAUCUCGAUUGCCCGUUAUGCGCUCGACGAUAUCAAAGCCUUGAUCAAGAGUGUGGACAAAGACGAGUUUAGUCCCGUGACUUGGGACAAUUUCGUCAAGUACACCACGCUCAUCCCUAUACUCGAGAAUUUCUGCCUCUCGUUUGAAAGGAUCUCGCACGCCGAAUCACAGGCGACUUUGACUUCUGGGACUAUCUCGGUCACAGCGCUUUCUUUGCAUCUGGCCGAAUGGGAAACAAGGCGGAAGCUGCUGAGCGAUUUGCUUCGAGGAUUCCCGAAGGACUUCGUCUCCGCCAAGAUACGUGAACAAAUCGAUGAAAUUGGGUCGAUUCAAAGACACGACGACUGCGUGUUGUUCGCAGCUAUCUGCGCAGAAACGAACAACGAGCUGUUCCCUGUCAAAUCCGGAGCUACCAAACCUUUCAUUGACAAGACCGUGGAG